GUGGCCUCUGACCCAUUCAAUCUAACACUGACACAGACAUCAGCUACGUCAGUGAUAGUGGAGUGGAGUCAGCCAUCAGGAGGAGCCACAGUGACUGGAUAUGUAGUACACUACAGUGAUGGAGUUGAUAACAUUAAUCAGACAGUAGCUGCAUCCUCCACUAGUCCCAACAUAACAAAUCUUGACAGGAACACAUCCUAUCAAUUCUCAGUGGAGGCUACUUCCGAGCACCUCUCUGGAGAGUCUAAUAACUGCACAAUAUCACUGUUUGAUCUUUUUGAUGGAGUAAAUGUUGUAGAAUGUGACCCAGCCCCCUCAGAGUCAAACUGUACUGCUGUCAAAGGUAAGGGUUAAAAUGUGU